AUUCCGGGGUUCGUGUCUUGAUUUAGCGUUGAAAUCGCCGUUUUAUUUAUCGUUUUUAGGAAAAUUAUGAAAACAAUUUUUUGCAUAAGUUAAAACCGAUAUCGGCGGUGGGGGGAGAAUUUAAAGACGUACGCGAAUAUCAAAGAUGUACGCCGGUAUAAAAGUGACGCCAUGUUCGGAGCAUCUCUCAGUGUUUUGUGAUACAGUGCCGUUUGUUUAUUUAUUUAUUUAUUUGUUUUUAUUUAUUUACACUAUUGCGUAAAGCGACGUAAUGCGCCGACUACUAAUUUUGGGCGCGCUCGCCCUGAUAUCGACGUCCAAGGGUGAUGUGAAGCACGUCCUCGACGGUUCGGCUCACCCUCCGCCGUGCUACCAGGAGCAUCAGCAUUAUCAUCACGACGGUCAAGCUGCCGUUCCGGGAUCCGUGCCGUUUUGGUGGGCCGCCGCCGACUCGCCCUUCAAACAGGCGUAUGAGUAUUUCAAGAAGUGUUCGUCGAAAAGCGACUGUUUACCGCCGGUGGCGCCGUCGUUCCAAGUUCCCGAACGGCCGAAGGUCUCGAACGACAUAGAGCCGGCCGGCCCGGGUAAUUUCGAAAACAAUCCGUUUUUGAACGGGCAGAUUAGUGACGUAGGCCAUACGACCCCCAAAAUCGAUCUGAGCAGGAACCCGUUCCUUAACACCGGCAUGCAAGCCGCCUACGCCAGCACCGGUCAAGCGGUUUCGACGGGCGCCCAGGGAUUUUUAGGCGUACAGCCCGCCGUGCCUUUCGGAUCGGCGAACAGAGCGCAACCUUUCCCCGUUUCGCACCCGCACGGUGACCACCAGAAGCCGCCGUUCGCUUCCCAGCAUCCGAAUCAGGGAGGGCAACCGUUUCCCGGCGCCCAUCCCUCUUGCGACAAAGUAUGCGUUCCCUCGCAGCUGUGCGUCAACGGGAUAGUCAACGGGCACGAUUCGGACUGUACCCCAAAGCUUUCGGAUGGUCACUGCGAGGCUGGCAAGCUGGAAUGUUGCCGCUUUGCAAGCAGCGGCGCCCAUUCGGGCUCGGCGUCCUUCCAAUCGUCGUUUUCGGCCAGCUCCCACUUUUCCAAUUUGUCGCACAUCGCCAACGGGAAAGGAUCGUCCUCCGACUCGCUAAUCAAAUUUCACGGCGGCGCCGGAAUCAGUCCCGGUUCCAUCCAGAUCAUAUCGGACGAUGAACCGAUUCCGAACCCGCUUUUAACACCGGCGGCGGGAGUUAAGGGCGGAUCGAACCCGAGCAACAAAAUCAAAGUAAUCAGAAACACCUACAACAAACCAGUUUUCGCAAGCACCGUCGAUUACACCAACGAUAAACUUGGCGAUUUAUCCUUUGAUGCCGCAUUUCAAGGUCCCCAGUACUUGCCACCUAUUGACGGAACACCGCCUCCGGUGUCCUACACUCCGGAAUUAAUUCCACCUUCGUACCAGCCUUCGAGCCCAUCAACGAUUCAUCGACCACCCCCAACUCCGAGACCCCAAUUCACUCCGCCGAUCGCCAGUCAGCCUUCAUUCGUAUCGCCGUUUGUAACCAACAAACCCACCGCCUCCAACGAGUACCUACCCCCCUUUCCUUCAACCAAACCUAGCAAUCCUCCCGUUCACAUACCGACCGACACUCAAAUAAACACUCAGUACGUGGUUCCCACGGUCACCAACACUCCCCCGCAGGUGAUCUACACGCCCAAACCCGUUCCCUCUCACCCCACACCUGGCUACCAAUACCCGGAGCCUUCCCCAGCGUUUAACUACCCUAAACCAUCGACCAACAAACCCACGCAAAUCACCUACCCCAAACCGACAGAAAUCGGCGGCAGCUCGAACGUCAACAAUCAGUUCAUCUCCAGACCGUCAUCAACGCCCCGCCCACCAACCGCCGGAUACUCGUACCCCACGCCGACCCCCACAUUCGGGUACCCAUCCCGCCCGACCUACAAACCGUCGCCGUUUAAACCGCCGGUCAACGUAAUCACCACCGAGCCCACGAAGAACGGAUACAGCUACCCGACACCGCGCCCGCCCUUCACCUACUACCCCGAAUCCUCGAACGUCGGCAACGUGUACCAUCCGAAACCGAGCCAGUCGACGGUCAACCAGUACCUGCCGCCGCGCUCGACGACCGAACCGAACCUCGAGCCCGGCGCGAGCGGUAGCAGCGGCACGGUCGUCUGGCAUCCGCCGAACAACCACGUUCCGUCGCCCAACGAGCCCAUCGGAAGCGUCGCCUCGCUCUACGGCGGAUGCGCCGCCGCGCUCAAGUGCGUACAGGAAAUCUACUGCACCGCCGAAGGAAUGAUCUCGCCCACCCCCGUCGUACUCACCAAGGAGCAGGAAUUCCUGCGCGUGCCCACAACGGACUGUUACGAUCGUCAGGCCGGAGUCGUCGGCAAGUGCUGUCGCGAUCCGUUUUACGUCGACCCGUGGCCGUCCGCCAAUCUCGUCAACGGAUUCGACGACGGUCAGUACAAGGAGGAUCCGCGUUUGGGCCAGUACUUCGCGCAGAAGCCGAGACCGGCGAGAUCCGGCGCGACCAGACAGGCUCAGGUCGAGACUUGCGGCGUACGCAACCCGAACAUUCCCCCGCGAGGCGAAAACCCGCUCGAGGUGAACUUCGCCGAGAUCCCAUGGCAGGCGAUGGUUCUGCGCGACACCAACCGCAGCCUUCUGUGCGGCGGCGCGAUUGUGAAACCGAACGCUGUUCUCACCGCGGCCCACUGCGUCGAGGGCUUGGACACGCGUGACAUUCUCGUCAAGGGUGGCGAAUGGAAGUUGGGAAUCGACGAGGAGCCCCUGCCGUUCCAAAUUGUGAAAGUGGCCGCCGUCAUUCGGCAUCCCGCGUACACGUCCGGCUCCCUGAAGAACGACCUAGCGCUUUUGAUGCUGGACGAGAAGCUAAGGACGGCUAAAAACAUCGCCCCGCUCUGCCUACCCCAACCGAACCAGCAGCUCGGCGGCCAUUGCAUCGCGACCGGUUGGGGAAAACGCAUCUUACAGUUGCACUUGCGCGGUGCGAUAAUGCGAUCGAUCGACGUCAACCUACUAGACCCGAACACCUGCACGCAGAAGUUGCAGGGCAAAUACCAAAACGUACUGCCCGACUUCUCCGAGUCGGUGAUCUGCGCGAACUCCAACAGCGACCACUGCGACGUCGACUACGGCAGCGCAUUGGCGUGCACGAACGGCAACGGCCAGUACACUUUAGCCGGAAUCUUCAGCUGGGAGACCGGAUGUAAAGACAAAGAGCAAAUCGGCGGAUACAUUCCGCCCGACAUGCAGUGGAUCGAGACGACAUGCGCGAGACCUCUAAGAGAAUUGAAGGCGAUAGACAAACAGUACUAUCAAUAAAAUUCCAAACAAAAACUAUCAGUCCAAAGAACGUUUUCUUGCCAUCUCUCAAAAAAGCGCGUCGGUAAGCAUGCGGUGUCGUAACGUAGGAUAACUAAUUUAUGCUCGUAGCCAUAUUAUCUCAAAUUUCGUAGUGUAUAGAUUCCUUUUAGUUUUUUAGGUUGCAUUUUAGUGAUGUAUAGUUGCGCAAUUGCAAAAUACUGAUAUACAUAAUACUCAUCUCUAUUUCGUCUUGUAGAUCUUAGGUAUUUUUACAUUAGCUAUAUGUGUGUAUAAUAGAUCAAAAUUUUUGUAAGAAAAAUAAAAUGAUUGAAAAGAA